AUGGCAGCAGCAAUGGCAUAUUGUACGUCAAAUCCUGCUUUCUACCAACAUUCAUUGACUACAGCAAGAACACAAUUUACGCCAAUUGUUCGUCGAACUAAUUCGUCGCCAUCAGCAGCUUUAUGCUCUCCUGUAACCAUAUCACAUAUUGAUCAAUCAUCAAUUAUAAAAAUAAUGAAAAGCGAUGAGAAUAAUAAUAACCAUCACAUUAACAGUAUUGGCAUCGCAAACAGUGAUGAAAUUCUGAAUAUUGUAAGUGAUGAUGAUGAUGAUGAUGAAGAUGACAAUGAUGGCCUUGUUGAUGGUUAUCAUAUGGAGACUGAUCAUGACGAAGAAGAAUUUCUAUCACUUGUUGGUCUUCGACUUAAGACUAAGAAACCCAUCGUACGUAAUCUACAUUUACGAACGUUAACAAAACGAUUGGCAUGCCCAGUGUGUCUACUUCCUCUACCAAAAAAUAUUAAUCGUGUUCGACAAGCUUUAUAUAUUCGAUUACCAUUCUUAAAAUUUUUAUCGAUUACAAACGAUCUGGACAGGUUUUGUUCGACAGAUCCAAACAUAAUAGUACAAAGUCUUCUACCACGUUCAGUAACACAAGCACGUUCUACAUCGAUACUAAACAGAAGUAAAAAACGACAGAAAUUAUCAAAAACAGGUAACCAUAAAAUUAAUUAA